GGGUUCUGCUUAAUGUAUAAAAGGCUCGUCAGGAGAUCACAUCGCGUAUUACAGAGAACACUUUUGUGCCUCCAAUAUGAAGGUGCUAGUAAUCACACUGCUAUGCGCAUUAGCUAGCUGCGCGGCAGGAGGAUCCGUAGCGUGGCCUGGUGCCAUCGCAGUAUCCUCCCCCAUCCUGAAGACCAUCAUCCCAGGGGAGACAAAGACCACCGCUUAUUCCACAACACAAUACAUUAAUGCGGUGCCAACAUCGUAUGCUUUCGCUGCGCAGCCUCAGUUCGCAUAUCACGGAGUGCCACAAAUUAACAGCUUCGCGUCUCUACAACCAACAUAUUACCCCAUAGCGGCACACUCGUAUAUUCCGACUGCGAACGUCUUCUAUCCUUCUGCAGCUUCAUUUGCUCCAGUAAUAGCUCCUGGCUUCCCAUCAGCCCCCGCUUAUCCUAGCGCUCCUGAGACCAGUCCUUCUCCUGUUUACCCUGGUAGCUCACCAAGCCCACCCUCUUCUUCAUCUGGGGAUGCCGAUUCUGCCGUAAUAGAUUCUGCAGAUUAUAACGCUGAUCAGCAAAAGCAACAAGAACCAGCAUCAACUCCAGCUCCUCAACCUCCAGCUCCUGAACUUCCAGCACCUGAACCCACUCAACCAGCUCCGCAGUUCCCACCUUUCCCCCCUUCUAACACGUUCCCCAAUUUCCCUAAUUUCCCCCAACUGCCUCAAGAGUCUGGAGAAUCUCCCUCAUUUCCGCAACUUCCUCAGCUUCCUCAGCUUCCUCAGCUCCCAAUACCACAAUACCCAGACAACAUUUUCCUUCAGGGAACUUCCUCACCUCCCUCGAGCUUUCCUGGAGCCAACAACGAAGACAAAGGUCUAAAUGAUGCAGACACGGUAUCCGUAGAGUCUGCCUAAGACAUGUAUGCAAUUUAAAAAAAAUAUAUAAGUACAUUUUUGUGAUUA